GCACCGCUCAGGGAGACGUGGUGCGGCCGACGCUGAUGCCAAUGCCGAUGUCGAAGCCGAUACCGGGAACGAUGAGAUCAACGAUGAACGUCGACAGCAGCAGCUCAUCGGACAUCAUCAACAACACCACCAUAGCCAUAGCACUCCCCGUUGUUUUUGAAGAACCAUGCAACAACCUCACCAACUUCGUCAGUCACGCUCUCGGUCUCGACCUUAAACUGAAUCCACGAUCCCGCGACAACCUCAGCGAGAUUGACCCGCACGAGAACAUUACAUGCCUGGAACACGCGCCUAAGUUAACUGACUCGGUUUACCUCAAGGUCAUUAUAUUAGCUGUCAUAUCGGUGCUGAGUCUGCUCUGCAAUCUGGCGACCAUCUACUCGAUCACGAAGAACCGCCGGAAACAGCGGGGCUCGACGAUCUACACGCUGCUCCUGCAUCUGACGAUAGCCGAUCUACUAGUCACCGUCUUCUGCUUAGCCGGCGAGGCGAUCUGGAGCUACAACGUCGCCUGGUUGUGGGGUAACGCUGCGUGCAAGUUCUUCAAGUUCCUGCAAAUGUUCAGUCUGUACUUGAGCACCUUCGUGUUAGUGCUGAUCGGCGUCGAUCGGUUCGUCGCGGUGCGUUAUCCUAUGAAGGGUCUCAGUAUGAAUCAGAAGUGUUCGCGAUUUGUCCUGUUCGCUUGGAUAUUAUCCUGCAUACUCGCCCUUCCGCAGAUUGCGAUAUUUCACGUUGCCCAAGGUCCAUUCGUAGAAGUGUUUACACAGUGCGUGACUCACGGCUUUUACACGGAAGCUUGGCAGGAGCAGCUGUAUGCUAGUUUCAGCCUAUUCUUUAUGUUCCUCCUGCCAUUAGCAAUUUUAAUUACCACAUAUGUAUCAACGGUGAUCACUCUCUCCCGAAGUCAAAGGAUGUUCAAAGGGGAGUUGACGAAUAACGGCAUGUAUACCAGAAGCAGCGACCUGAAUAGGAGAAGACUGAUGCACCGAGCGAAGACGAAGUCGUUGCGUAUCAGCGUCGUCAUCGUCGCAGCGUUUCUAAUCUGGUGGACGCCGUACUACACGAUGAUGAUUAUCUUCCUGUUUCUCAAUCCCGACGAGCACCUCAGCGAUGAGUUGCAAAGCGGAAUAUUUUUCUUCGGCAUGAGCAACAGCUUGGUGAAUCCCCUGAUAUAUGGUGCGUUUCACCUUUGGCCGCAGAAACAACAGAAGGACUCUUAUCAUAGAUCGAAACAGGCGACGAAGCAGCAUGACAAGCAACAAAAUAGCAUAAAGAAAUUACGCAAUACGCAAACGCCACUCCUUUUGUAUCAAGACAGCGACAGGAAAGUGAACACGCAACAAUACCAAAUAUAACAUUUUCUCGGACUGGAUUACAUCGUAUAAGAAAAAAAUGUGCUAUGCCGCGAGGAACGAUGCCAUGUAUACUGUAUGAGGUGAAAAACAUAAAGAAGUAUCAUUCCAUCGCGUCUUUCAUAUCGAAUAUCAUGAAUAACCAAAAUUCUGCGAAUAAAAACCGCUCAUUUUCUGCGAUCUUAAAUUUCAAAAAAGUAAAUGUA